UAGGUGUUACAAACAACCGUUAGGUGAACAAAACUGUAAUACUCUGUAACAACAUGUUGCGAGACUAUAAAAUUGUAUGGAGUUGCAACAUUGUGCAUUGUAGCCGAGUGGAUUAUGUACUUGACGGUCACAAAAUAUUCGGUUUUUUAAACGUCAGAUUGCCGGAAAGAACCCUUACACAAUAUCUUAGCACAAUUAUGCUACAACAACAACAGAAACCACUGUGAUUUUAUCCCUAAUCGCUAUGACUAAUCAAUUUCUCCAAAAAAUAAUCAUUAAUCUGACAACUCGCAAUUAAUAUAUUAUUUUAUUUCUUAAUAUUUCCUACAAGUACUUACGUUUCUUAGUUUAAAAGCGGAAACAAAGCAAACUUCAUUCUUAGCUUAAUAAUUUUUUUUUCAUUUUCAAUUUUUGUCUCACAAAACACAUGAAAAAUUUAAUUUUAAUUUUAUUCAUUUAUUGCCUUUGAAAAUGAAAAUUUAUAUACUCGUACUGAUUUUAUUUGCCGCGCGGUUUCUUGCGGUGCAUAGUGAUGGACGACUACAUACGUGUGACCUCGAUCUUGUUAGCGAAGAGGGUAAAGAAUAUUUUAAACCACUGUCGGCUAAAUUCUUGAAUAAUAAAUGUGCUGAUAUCUUCGCAAAGAGAGGAACAAAUGGUGCUACGUACAAUUUGUAUCUGGCUGAAGCGAAUGCAUUUAGGGAAUUUAUUAUAGCGAUUGAAACUUAUGAGGCAAAAAAAUCUGGAAAAAAAUUGUGUGCGAACAAUGAAUAUGCCCUCGACAUCAGUGAACGACAGAAGUUCUACGAGCAAGUGAAUUUGUGUGACUGCUACAAGAAGAAUAAUCAAGAAACUUUUCUCCAUUGUCUCAUAGAAAAACGAAAAGAGUUGACAACUAUAAUAAAUAAUGCUAACGACUAAAUUAAUUCAUAUAUUUAAAAGCUGUAUAAUAUACAAUACAAUUAUGCAUACAAAAAUUUUCGUACUGAAUGCGAUUUAUAUAUGUAAAAUUUUUAGUGAAUUUGUAAUUUUUCAAUUUUUAUAAUAUAUGUACAUAUGAUUUGUUUAAAAUAUUUUCUUAAAUAAACGGUAUAAAAUAUAAUAACAUUAAAAGAGCG